AUGUGGCUCUGGGUGGCCGACCACAUGAUUGACGACCCUGAUCUGAACGAUGCCAACAACGACAUGGUCCAAAACUCCGUCUACGUGGCUCGCGGCCUCCUCAUCGAGAGCCAGUCCCCUGUCUGGCUCUACGGCACCUCGUCCGAGCACUCCGUCCUCUACCAGUACAACUUCCACAACGCCAAAAAGCUCUUUGCGGGCAUGAUACAGACGGAGUCUCCGUACUACCAGCCCACGCCCAAGCCACCUGCACCCUUCAAGGAGGCCGUUGGUGUCAUGCCCGGCGACCCAACGUACAAGUGCGCGGCCGACGACGAGUUUAGCGGCUGCGACGAGUCGUGGGGCGUCAUCAUUAGGGGGUCUGAAAAUGUAUUCAUUGCGGGCGCGGGCAUCUACUCGUGGUUCUCCACAUACGCACAGGACUGCAUCGACACUCAAAUGUGCCAAAAUGUGCUGGUUCUCUUUGAAGAGAACCUUGAAAACGUCCGCAUCCAGAAUCUCAUCACCAUCGGUGCCAAGUACGUCGCCGUGCAGGAUGGCAAGGGCAUCAUGGCCGCCGACAAUCUCAACGUCGAUUCUCAUCCGAAGUGGACGCAAAUCUCUGUCUUCGACGUCAGCCGUAGCGCCCCGGGCUUCGAGGAUCUCACUUGGAUCGACCCCAAGAUCUGGGACAUGGACACGCCUAGCUUCACCUGCUCGUCACCCUGCAGCGUCAAAAUCCCGCCCUGGACCGGCGCCACCCGCGUCGUCAACUACCCCCUCAUCACUGUCAGCAGCGGCACGUGGACUAGCACCAUCACCAAGCCCCCGUUGACAUUGACCGAAAUAGGAUUCAAGCCCGUCACCAUCACAGCUGAUGGCGCCAAGGGCAAAGGGAAGCGUCAGGGCCUGGAACCCUUCUUCCCCAUCCCAGCCACGACUCCAGCAUGGCCACGAGUGAAGUACAACGGCCCAGACGGAAAGGAAUCCUACGCGAGCCCGUCCGGUCCGUUCCCCACGCCUCCCCUGUCCAUUGGACCUGACGCGAAGCCGCCCACGUCAGGCAACUGGCCAAAGAAGGCGAUUCGAGCGGUGCUCGGGUCUGACACCAGUCCUUCGGUAGGCAGAUGCGGUUUCCCGGACAUAUCCUGCAACCCGCAGCCGUGGACAUACCGUGACGUUGGCGGUCGGGACACAGACGACGACGACUGGGACGGCAAUGAUGUCCCCGACGAGGAGAUAAUCACAUGCCCACCCGAGCCAUCGUCAUCAUCAUCCAGCGCGUCAAAGACUCCUACCACAACGACCUCGGCGGCACCCAAGCGGACACUAGAAAUAGGUGAUCCUGAAAUCAACGACCGCCACUGCUACAAUUCGGGAUACGCAGCCAAGCACGUCAGACUCGAUUACGCCAUCGAGGAUUACUGCAACGAAUUGAACGAUAAGGGAGCAAUCCUUGACGCAGGGUUUUCCUAUAAGACCAGUUUCCCGUUUAGUGGAGACCCGUGGCCUCUUCUUGUCAUCAUUGGCCUCGUAGUCGUGGACCACACGAAGUGCAGCUGGGUCAACAAGUGGCCGGCGAGCUCGUUUGAUAAUCACGGCAUCGUCAACUCCACCGAAACUGAGCCGCAAAACGCUCUACAGGGUACAGAGCUCUGCUCCAAAUAUCUGCAUGCCAUCAUUGACAGCUGUAACUGCGGGGGUGUCGAUGGGAAGCAGGGCGGAACUUUGGAAAAUGAUUGUUACGAGUGGCGAAUUGACCCGAAUACGGAUUGGUAG